AUGUCCAGGACCGGGAGGGACAUUGAAUUCCUGUGCACCCCGCUGCCCCAGUGCGCCGUGCCCAUGGCGGUCAUCAAGGUGGUCGCCCUGGACUGGUCGCGGCGCGCCUGCCGGCAGCUGGCCAUCAGGAAGCUCGAUAACAUCACGGCGCUGGUGGCGUUCUGCCGCAAGACGGCCGACUACGAGGUCACCUACCAGGAGGACAUGUUCGCCGGCCUCCUCAAGACCCACGUGGACAUGUGCUGCGCCAUGCUGGACGCGAAUCUCCAGGACACAAUCGAAUGGAGCCCGCUCAAGGCGACAAGAACGGGCGUGGGCUUGGAGCUGUACUACCUGUGGGCGGAGGCGAUCAUACUGUUCGCCUAUCUAAGCUGCCGCAACUCGGGUCGAUUUUUCCGCUCGGACUCCGUGGGCACGCCGUCACGUGGUUCGGCCGACACCGAGGUUACCAAAGAACGGUAUACGGUCCACCGCAUUUGCGCUCAAGGCGCAGAGCGCAACUACGCGCUCGUAGCCCAGGAGGUGCACAAGUGGUACGGCGACGACUACGCGGUGUGCGGCUUCAACCUGGCGCUGCCCCGCGACGAGUGCUUCGGGCUGCUGGGCGUCUACGGCUGCGGCAAGAGCAGCGUCGCCCAGAUGCUGGCCGCCGUGACCGUCAUGACCCUCGGCGAGGCGCACAUGAGCGGCGCGAGGCUCUCGGACUCGCCGCGAGGGUGGCAGUCGCAGGUCGGCUUCUGCCCCGAGGAAGAUGCGCUCCUUGACGCCUUGUCGGGCUACGAGCUCCUCGAGCUGUUCGCCCGGCUACGGGGCGUGCGAAGCGACAAGACCGAGCGGCUGGUUGACAGCGUCGUUGGCGUCACCGACCUCAACGACUGCGCCAAACACAUGUGCGGCACGUACAGUGCGGGCGCGAGACGCAAGCUGUCCAUAGCGUUGGCCAUCAUUGGUGCGCCCCGGGUCGUGAUCCUCGACGACGCCACCAGGGGCGUCGACAUCACCGCGCGCGAAAUGAUCUACGAGGCGCUGCGAGACAUCACCCGGGUUUCCGCGUCGGCGGUCAUCCUGACCUCGCGCAGCACGGAAGAAUGCGAGAUGGUGUGCACCCGCGUCGGCCUAAUGGCCGGCGGCGAGGUGAAGGCACUUGGCAGCAUGAAGGCGCUGAGGGAGUCGUACUCCACGGGCUUCGCGGUCACUUUCACCCUGGUCGAUAAGUUCACUUCGUACAUGAUCUUCAAGGUAGACAAGGCGGUCACGCAACUCUUCCCUGGAGCCAGGCGCGCCGACUGCCGAGAGGGCAUCUUCGUGUACCACGUGGCCAGCAAGCUGCCCUGGAGCGAGGUGUUUUCGCGCCUGGACGCGAUGCGCCAGUGGUUCGAGCUCGAGUCCGUGCUCGUGGCCGAGAGCUCGCUCGACGAGGUGCUGCUCGGCAUGGGCCGAGCCGAGAUGGCCGAGGACGCGGCCGUCUCCAAGCGGGCGGCCGCCGAGGCGUUCGACCCGAGCUACAAGGGCGACCCCUGGGGACGCGACUGCCAGGAUAAGCACGAGCGCCGCCAGAGGGUGCGCGAGCGCCGACGCAAGGACGCCGCGGCCGUCAGGUGGCCCUAGUCGGCCGACGAAGAGGACGACGCGUAGGACCAACGUCCCCUAGAAAUUUUUUUCGAGAUGGCGUUGGUAGGACCCGGCUUCUCGCGAGUUCUCCUGUCCGUGACGCGUCGUUCUUCUUCUUCUUUGUUUCUUAUACCAUACCGCGGAAGCUAAUUUUUUUCUUAGAGUAUAUGCGAGUUACAGUUGCGCCCCUUGUUUUCUGAAUGAAAUGCAUGAAUAAAAUCAUA